AUGGCCCACUCAUCGUCUGCCGCAUCACAAGCACCUCCUGCUGUGCCGCCCGGCUGCAAGGGGGUGGACGACGUCGACAUCGUCCCUGAUGAGGGCGUCAGUGCUGUCACUCGGCAGCUGUUGGAGGGCUGCAUCCGCCGCAGCUUCACUCACGUCAGCCAAGUCACACAGCUCAUACGUCAAGGAGCCGACCCGAGAGCCAUCGGCAGCCUGCACGGCCGCGGCACCUCAGGAGCCCCUUUCUCGCGCUGGCGAUACAGCUGCCUGUGUUUCGCCAUCGACAGCCCAACAAACUAUCCAUUCCUCCGUGCGAGCGACAGGUCUGUUCUAGCGGUGCCCGUCGCCCUGCCACAGUGGUCCUCCCGUGAGCUGCAGCGUGACGUCAUUAAUGCACUCGUCGACGGCGGGGCGGAAAUGAAUGGCGGCGGGUUGGAGCGGCGGCCCAUCACGGUGGCGGUUCGUGCGGGCAACCUGACGGCAGUGGAGGCCCUGCUGGAGCGACAGGCCAACGUGCGUGGAGUUAGGGCGAUGGGGCUUCCCUACCUCUACGCAGCCUGCUCCGUUACUCGUGAGUACGAGGACACUCUCAUUUCGGUGUACCGCCGACUUGCCCAACACGACAGCACACUCGCAGCGGAGUGGUUCGCUGGAGACAGUCUGGUCCAUUGGGCAGUCAGGAGCUCUACUGGCCUCUUCUCCCAGUCCUUCAUCGACCAGUACCUCACCCUCAUCACCAGCCACGGAGUCGAAAUGAUGGCAGCGAACGCCAUCGGCCAAUCGCCACUGCAGGCGGCAGCAUUGUAUGGCUCCCCCCGUGUGGCCCAUUGGCUGUGCCGCAAGCUCACAGCCGACGACAUCAAUAGAGGGUGGCCGAACGAGCCCAACAUGACACCACUCGCCAUCGCUGCCGAAGAGCUCGAUCGCCACAUCCAGCAACUACAGGAACAGCAACAGGGAGAGUGGCACGAGUAUCGCUCAAGACGGAUCCGCGAAGACAAGACCACCAUCGGUGUGCUGCUGCGGGGCGGGGCGGCCCCAUCCAUCGCCCGCAUGCCCACCGCCACCCAGAAGCGGCACCGUGAGCGUCAGCUGGUGCUGGCCGAGUAUGCCACAGUGCUGAGUGAGCUGUCCGAGGUCGUCAUGUCGGCCAUCAACGGGGCCCUCGCCCCCCAGCGCGACCACUCGAUGCUUCUCGCCCGUCUGCUGCCCCUCGCCCCCCACCAUGACGGCGCCCACCCCCACCCCUCCCCAUCCAACAUGGCAUUCGGCCCACACGAGGCUGAGGCCAUCGCAUGGAAGAUCGGCGCCUUCCUGCACGAGCCCCCCGCUGCUGUCGCCGCCAUCGACGAGUGCUUCAUUGGCGAGUCGGUGCUGAGGCGCCGCGUCAAGGCGGCUGUCGGCCACUUCGUCAAGUUGGCGGCCACACAGACGAGCAGCAACAGGGAGGUCAUCGGCGGGAUGGCCAAUUUGGGCGGCGUGACGGUGCGUGUGCCGCUGCAGUGCUUCGCCGUCCGUGGCAGUGGGGGGCAGGUGGUGCUGACGGGUGUGCGUGAGGUGGUGCACCGGGCCCGGCUGGACGAAGCCGGCACCCAUGGUGUGGUGGGUGUGGUCAAGGGCUUCAACGAGCAUCUGGGCGAUCAGGACUGCCAGUUCGAGUGGGGCCAGCUGGGGCAUCUGUCGAGGACCGGGCUGUUUGUGCCGCUGGGCGUCGAAUGAGUUGGAGAGGGGGAGAGGAGGAGGGAGACGGCAGUAAGGGUGGUGGCUGCAUGUUUGACUCCGUUUUGCUGCAGCUCAAGGACGGUUCUGUUUGCGAGUUUUGCUGUUUUUCAAGUGCAUACAGACAAUGGCGACCCGACUACGUUGCUGUGUUCGUG